AUGGCGAAAAUAUCGAAUAAAGUGAAAGCUCGAAAAGCAAAAGCCUUACAUGCUCACCGUGUAAAGAUGCUGCGGAGAGCCGCUUUGCAGCAAACCCGCAUUCUGACUAGUGAAGAUACAGGCGGCCUCCCUGUGAAGAGUGUGCAGCAGCCCGCUACCUCACAACGCACACUGCGAGCCUGUCUCCUGGGGGCCUCCACACCACCUACUGCUCCUGAUGUUGCUCCUACUGCUCCUGUUGUUGCAUCUACUUCUGCUGCAUCUACCGCUGCUGAUGUUGCAUCUACCGCUGCUGAUGCUGCAUCUACCGCUGCUGAUGCUGCAUCUACCGCUGCUGAUGUUGCAUCUACCGCUGCUGACGUUGCAUCUACCGCUGCUGAUGGUGCAUCUACCGCUGCUGAUGGUGCAUCUACCGCUGCUGAUGUUGCAGGGCCCAGCACCUCACAUGAUGUUUUGGCAACUCCCAACAUUUCCACAAAGCGUAAAGGUACCCAGAGCAAUGCUACAAAACGAUUGAAGUUAUUUCGAGAAGAAAAAAAUGACAGUGGCAGUGACAGUGACAGUGAAGUGAAAUGUAGAAUAAAUCCACGUGAGUCAGUGCUAAUGGUGACAGAUAAGAGUCUUGAAAAUUACCUAGAUGAGAAUUAUGUAUGCGAGUAUUGUUCAAACGCUACACAACGUCAUACAAUUACAAUUGUGCAACAUGAUGUGAAAGUGACAAGACGCUGUAGUGAUUGUAAUAUUUCAGUUACUCGACAAUUGAUGGGAAAUCAUGAAAAUUUGAUAUCAUUAGUGUACAGCAACAUGCUAAGUGGCCACGGAUAUACAUAUUACAGUAAUAUGUGUUCUAUAAAUAGAAUGAAAUUUGUAUCAUAUUAUAUGUAUAACAGGAUCCAGAGGAAGAUAAGAGAUGCUGCUAAUGAGAGAUGGGUGCAUUUGCAAGAAAACACUCGCCGUAUCAUAUUCGAUCAUUACAGAGAACAUUUAGAUAGACACCCCAUUGGUGGCAUCCUGGACAUUGAUGUAUCCAUUGAUGCAUCUUGGGAUACAAAAGGCCACCAUUCACAAAUUGGCACUGCUUUUGUUGUGGAAAUAUUCACAGGGAUGGUUGUGGACUACAAUACUUUCUGUAAAAACUGCAAGCAGUGCCAAAUGUUCAAGAGUAGAAAAGAAAAUGGAAAAAUAACCCAGGCUGAGUUUGACAGUGAGAUGGGUAAACAUUUACCGGAUUGUGACAAGAACUACGAUGGCACUGCCAAAAAUAUGGAAGCGGAUGCCGCGGUAUUGAUGUGGGGUCGAUCUCAAGACAACAAACUUAGGUAUACGACCUUGGUGGGUGAUGGUGACUCUUCGACAUUCAAUAAAGUUUGUGGAAUGAACAAUGAUGCUGGACCAUAUGAAGAUGUAAAAGUGGAAAAGGCUGAGGGUAUAAAUCACUUCAGCAAGAUACUUGCAACACAGCUUGCCAGACAAAUGUCACUGGUCAAAGGAAAAGGAAAACUAACUAACAGCACCAUUCAGAAGUUGGCAGGCUACUUCACAAAAGCCAUCAGGGAUAACAUCGACACGGACUGGAAACAAAUGAGGGAUGCCUGCCUGUCCGGACUGUUCCAUUCAACGUCAACUGAUGAAAAACCAGUGCACGUGCACUGCCCUAAAGGCAAAGACUCUUGGUGUUUCUACCAGCAAGACAUUGCAAAUGGAAAGACCCCACGAUCACACAAGAAGAUGAUUUUACAUUUCCAGCUACCGAGUAUUCACAUGAGUGAAGUCUUGAAGAUCUACCACAGUCUUGUAUCGGAGGAAAACAUGACCAAGUGUCUGAAGGGGAAGACUCAAAAUCCAAACGAGUCUCUACACCAUCGAGUUUGGAAACUCUCCCCCAAAGACAAAUAUGUUGGUCGUGUAAUGGUUGACUUCGCCAUGGCAGUAACAGCCGUCAACUACAACGCUGGGUAUAUGAUGGGAUCUCUGACCAACCUCCUUGGUCUACCACAAAAUGACAUGACCGACUGGUACUUCAACAUGAAGGACAGGAGGAUGAAGGACCCAACAAGAUGCACCAAGCCAAGAAAGGCCCCAGAGGAAGCUGACCCCAGCUAUGGGGCAGAUGCCGACUAGUGCCAUUGCAGUGCCACCUUGAGGACCCAUAUUUCAGACUAAUUAUAUUAGGCGAUCUUCAUGGAACUUACAGACCUUACUGAAGGCAUGCCUAUCUGCAAGGGUGCCAAUUUUGAAUGAAAUUAGUCGAUGUCAACCUCAGCCACAGGUGGCUGAACUUUGACCUUUGUUUAUAUAGGCUGCGAUGCUGAAACUUGGACCAGUUGCAGCCCCUUUUACAUAUAAAACGUCAAUAAAUUUUGAUUGCA